GGCUGCCGCGGCGCUAGCACUGACGUGUCUCUCGGCGAGGCGCGGCGCUCCAGAGCAGGACGGGCGGCAGCGGAGCCUCGGUCGGAGCGUAGCGGAGCCGGAGCGCGACCCGGAGCCCGACCCGGAGCCCGACCCGGAGCCGAGCAGCCGCCGCCAUGGCGAUCAAGUUUCUGGAAGUCAUCAAGCCCUUCUGUGUCAUCUUGCCCGAAAUUCAGAAGCCGGAGCGGAAGAUUCAGUUUAAGGAGAAAGUGCUAUGGACCGCCAUCACCCUCUUCAUCUUCUUGGUGUGCUGCCAGAUCCCCCUGUUUGGAAUCAUGUCUUCAGACUCAGCCGACCCUUUCUAUUGGAUGAGAGUGAUCCUCGCCUCUAACAGAGGCACACUGAUGGAGCUGGGUAUCUCUCCCAUUGUCACCUCCGGCCUCAUCAUGCAGCUCUUGGCUGGCGCCAAAAUAAUUGAAGUUGGUGAUACCCCGAAAGACCGAGCCCUCUUCAAUGGAGCCCAGAAGUUGUUUGGCAUGAUCAUUACCAUCGGCCAGUCCAUCGUGUAUGUGAUGACAGGGAUGUACGGAGACCCUUCUGAAAUGGGUGCUGGGAUCUGCCUGUUGAUCACCAUACAGCUCUUUGUUGCUGGCCUAAUUGUCCUGCUUUUGGAUGAACUUCUGCAAAAGGGGUACGGCCUGGGCUCUGGGAUCUCCCUCUUCAUUGCCACAAACAUCUGCGAGACCAUCGUGUGGAAGGCGUUCAGCCCCACCACCGUCAACACCGGCCGAGGAAUGGAGUUUGAGGGCGCCAUCAUUGCACUGUUCCACCUGCUGGCCACACGCACAGACAAGGUCCGGGCCCUUCGUGAGGCGUUCUACCGCCAGAAUCUCCCCAACCUCAUGAAUCUGAUCGCCACCAUCUUUGUCUUUGCAGUGGUCAUCUACUUCCAGGGCUUCCGCGUGGACCUGCCCAUCAAGUCGGCCCGCUACCGAGGCCAGUACAACACCUACCCCAUCAAGCUCUUCUACACCUCCAACAUCCCCAUCAUCCUGCAGUCCGCCCUCGUCUCCAACCUCUACGUCAUCUCCCAGAUGCUGUCCGCCCGUUUCAGUGGCAACCUGCUGGUCAGCCUGCUGGGCACCUGGUCGGACACUUCCUCUGGCGGCCCAGCACGUGCCUAUCCCGUUGGCGGCCUUUGCUAUUACCUGUCUCCUCCCGAGUCUUUCGGCUCCGUGUUGGAAGACCCCGUCCACGCCGUCGUGUACAUAGUGUUCAUGCUGGGCUCCUGCGCCUUCUUCUCCAAGACGUGGAUUGAGGUCUCGGGCUCCUCUGCCAAAGACGUUGCAAAGCAGCUGAAGGAGCAGCAGAUGGUGAUGAGGGGCCACCGAGAGACGUCCAUGGUCCACGAGCUCAACCGGUACAUCCCCACGGCCGCGGCCUUCGGCGGGCUUUGCAUCGGGGCCCUCUCCGUGCUGGCUGACUUCCUGGGUGCCAUUGGGUCUGGAACCGGCAUCCUGCUUGCGGUUACCAUCAUCUACCAGUACUUUGAAAUCUUCGUCAAGGAGCAGAGUGAGGUCGGCAGCAUGGGGGCCCUUCUGUUCUGAGCCGUGCCUCCUGGACCAGGCAGAGGUGGCGUGCUCCACGACGGCCAAGGGAGCAAGGACGCCACGCCGUGGGCGCUGUCUCGGGGGUGCUGCUGUGGC